GUGAGCGCAGCUAUGAAAGUGGCUUAGUGGGUUAUACCACAGAGCACACAUCCGGACUCAAUAAAUAGAGAAAAGGUACAUAAUUUGAGUUUGAUCAUACUUAUUUCAACUGUUAACGUUUUAGAAGGUCCCAGCUAAUAGCUGACUCUUGCCCACGCUGCUUCGUUCAUUUCUGAAGUGUGCAUAAUUCUUGGGCUUUGUUUUUCGGAUUACUCCGAGUCUCAUCGUUUCUCAAAAUGACUGACGGAGAAUGGCGCUCACAAGUCAACAGAAAGUUGCAAACUAUCAUAACUGAUCCUAACGAAUAUGCGGAAGUUGCUAGUUUUCUGGCAGCCGAGGAGGACAGAAUGCAUGGGUAUAAGAAUUCCGGAAAGUGGAAUAUGCUACAUGAUGUCGUGGGUUCGGAUGAGAGAUUCCGCGCCUGUGUGAAACGUAUUAAACGCGACAUUGGGAGCUUCAACUCCAAAGGCGCCAGGAACAGCUCGGUGCCGGAUAUUGACCACUCUUUACCAACACCGGAGUGCACAACUGGAUAUUCUCACUGGGGAGCACCAGACACAAAAGACCUGGCUCUGUGCGGUGCCAUGGGAUGCGCCAGUGGCUUAGCGGCCUAUCCGGCCGCCCAAGCCGGCAUUCUACAGGUGGCUGAACACCUGGUUAUCCCGGCGCUAAUGCCCGCCCUCCACCGGGCGGCGACCGUGGUGCGGGCCGUGGGUCGGAUGGCGCCAGUGGCGCUGGCGGCUGUGGCGCUCUCGCUGGAGGCGAUGCAAAAUAUUACGCGCUGGUGGAAAGGUGAGAUCAGCGGCCAACGCGUGGCAAAAAACCUGAUUGAUUGCAGUGUAACGCUGGUCGCGGGAGGCAGUGCAGGCUUGGCUGGAGCUGCUAUUGGCGGAUUCUUGGGCCCUCUGGGAGCGGUGGUUGGCGGGGUUAUCGGUGGACUGUUGGUGGGGGGCGUAACGUCCUCUUUGACGGAUUGGCUGACGGAGAAGUUGUUCGAUAUCCCUCGGGAUGAAGCGCUGGAGAAGGCGUACACUUUCUUUGGCUGCAGCAUGCGUUCAUCUAAUGAACGUAUCAAUGCCAGAUAUCAUGCUGCCUGCAAAGCGUACCAUCCGGAUAAGGGGGGAUCCCAUGAUAUGUUCCUCAAGGUGCAGGCGUGCAUGGCUAUUAUCAAAGUCGCCAGAGGGGAGCAGUAUGGAAUGGUGGACCAAGUACGAUAUCUAGCUGAGAGCUAAUGCCCGUAUAAAUUCCGUGUUCAUCCAAAACUGGAUCCAUGACCCUCGUUCGCAUUUUUUAAAUUAUUAAACGUGUGUUAAUGCUUUCGUUAGCAAUUGCAUUAGGGCAAACAUAAUGAUUAUAGAAAAUACAGGAUGAAUCAAAUUACAGCACACACCACGUAGUACGUACUACUGAACAUCUUUGGGGGCGAACAACCACUCGCGCACCCCAAUGUUAGCAUUAUAAUAUUCGCCCUCAUACUUUUUCUUCGGGUUUCUUAAGUGCAAGCGGUGGCGGUUGAUCUUUAGUAAGCCAUUAUUUUUUAAAUUUACGUAGACGAUUGUGCCGCGUUAUUUUCAGUUUUGCUACGCAAGAAUUGGAGGUUACUUCGGGAUAAUAGGCUCAAGGUACUGCAUAAUAAUGUGUUACUGUACUGUGACUCUGCGAGAGUUUACGCUAAUUUAAUCAGGCUCGCAGUUUUUGUUUUAAUUCAAUGGGUUGUUGAGAGCAUCUCUCUUAUACAAUUCUGUACAUUCCUUUGGAUCAUAAUGCUGUCAGGGUACACUUUGAGUGUUCUUAGUAAUA